AUGUUUAAGAAAAAGAAAAAAGAUGUUUCGCUUGAAAUAAUAAUUGAUAGCGAAUUUGAUGGCAUUAUUUAUGAAAAUUCCGAUGAAUCAUCAGGAUGUAAACUAAAAGGGAAAUUGAUCUUGAAAAGCAAAAAGUCCAUCGCAAUAAAAUCUUUGACAUUUUUGUUUAUUGGUCGAGCUACUGUUGCUUGUGGUCCUCCACUGUCAUCUUCUAGGCCUGAAUAUUGUGAAAUAGAAGAAAUAUUACAAAGACAAUGCGUUUUUCAUCAAACAGAACAUUCAGAUAAAAGAAUUUCAGCUGGUGCACAUGAAUAUCAUUUUGAGUAUGACUUGCCAGGAAACCUACCACCAUCAUUCAAGGGAUCACGUGGUAAAAUUGAAUAUUCAUGUCAUGCGAUUUUGGCAAGGCCGAUAUUUAACAAUGAUGUGAUAGUAAAAAAAGAAGUCAUGAUCAAACGAUGUAUGAUUAAUGAAACAGCGACUAUCCAACCUCAUCAAUUAUCCUCUUUCACCGAGAGCACAUUAGAUGAAAAGAUCCAUUAUCAAAUAAAUUCUCCGAUGGUUUCAUUUCGUGAAGGUGGUCUGGUUUCCAUGGAAUUGUCGUUGAAACCAUUAGAUUCUAAUAUAUCCAUUGAAUUUAUCGAGUACGGAAUAAAGGAACAAAUUCAUUAUCAUACAACAGGUGAACACGCAAUGUCAGUCAUUGCAAGUAUUAACGAGGAUCGAUUCCCUUUAGGUAAAAAAACGAUUUCUAUCGAUCCAAACACUGAUUACGAUCCAAAUAUCAUACCGAUAAAUUUUCGUUUAUGUCCGUGGGUAAAUUGUGAUAUCGAGUCACAAUUGAUCGAUGUGAGCCAUAAACUUUCCUUUACCAUUGGUUAUAAAGAGAGAGUUAAAGAUUUUACUAUAGUUGAGGCGGAAAAUGUUUUUGAUGAUGAUGAAAAUACUGGCCAGACUCAUAGCAAUCAAAGAUUUUCAAUUCCCUUGUCUAGAAAUUCUUUACUACAAAAUGAGGGAAUUGAAAGAAUAAGAAAUAUGAUAAAUUACAGACAUAGUGCAAUGAGUUUAA